AUGGUGGUGAUAGAGAGUGUCAACGGGCGCCACACGGCCAUGCAGCACAUGCUGCAGGGCGCGCAUACCCCUUGCCCCCCUGGCCCGCAUUUGCUUUGCUCUCUUUCCCAGCCCUCAUUACCAUCGAAGCAGCAAGGGGUAGAUGAGGAGGGGGGAGACGAGGAGGACGACGAGAUGGUGGUCAUGGAGAGUGUGAACGGGCGGCACACGGCCAUGCAGCACAUGCUGCAGGGCGCGCAUACCCCUUGCCCCCCUGGCCCGCAUUUGCUUUGCUCUCUUUCCCAGCCCUCAUUACCAUCGAAGCAGCAAGGGGUAGAUGAGGUGGGGGGAGACGAGGAGGACGACGAGAUGGUGGUCAUGGAGAGUGUCAAUGGGCGGCACACGACCAUGCAGCACAUGCUGCAGGGCGCGCAUACCCCUUGCCCCCCUGGCCCGCAUUUGCUUUGCUCUCUUUCCCAGCCCUCAUUACCAUCGAAGCAGCAAGGGGUAGAUGAGGUGGGGGGAGACGAGGAGGACGACGAGAUGGUGGUCAUGGAGAGUGUGAACGGGCGGCACACGGCCAUGCAGCACAUGCUGCAGGGCGCGCAUACCCCUUGCCCCCCUGGCCCGCAUUUGCUUUGCUCUCUUUCCCAGCCCUCAUUACCAUCGAAGCAGCAAGGGGUAGAUGAGGUGGGGGGAGACGAGGAGGACGACGAGAUGGUGGUCAUGGAGAGUGUCAAUGGGCGGCACACGGCCAUGCAGCACAUGCUGCAGGGCGCGCAUACCCCUUGCCCCCCUGGCCCGCAUUUGCUUUGCUCUCUUUCCCAGCCCUCAUUACCAUCGAAGCAGCAAGGGGUAGAUGAGGUGGGGGGAGACGAGGAGGACGACGAGAUGGUGGUCAUGGAGAGUGUGAACGGGCGGCACACGGCCAUGCAGCACAUGCUGCAGGGCGCGCAUACCCCUUGCCCCCCUGGCCCGCAUUUGCUUUGCUCUCUUUCCCAGCCCUCAUUACCAUCGAAGCAGCAAGGGGUAGAUGAGGUGGGGGGAGACGAGGAGGACGACGAGAUGGUGGUCAUGGAGAGUGUGAACGGGCGGCACAUGGCCAUGCAGCACAUGCUGCAGGGGCGCCUCUCUGCAGUGCGCCACGUGGUGACGCUGUGGGUGGAUGGAGCGUUGCUGCUCGCCCUCUCUGCCCUCGCUGCUUCAAAAGACCUCGCUGUACGUGGCCCGUCGGAAAGGAGCUGUCCUUGCUACGUGAGCUGUUGA